AGUAAGUGAACAAAAUGAGAAUUAUGGAAAAAGACAGUGAUUUUGAAUUUCUGAGCAAACAAGAUAUUUGCAGCAAAACCAACCCAACGUGUGGCGACUGCUUCUUCCGUGAACAAGAACACCAUUUUUCUCUCUCCUCUUCCUUCCUUCGCUUAAAAUUCAACUUUCAACCAGUUGUUAAUUCCAACAUUCAUCAACCGAUUUGAGCUUUAAUUAAUGGCACAGUUCAUUCUACAAGGACGACUAAAGCUGCUAUUGAACAGUGAAAACCCAGUUCAAUGUACGCUUAUUGGGGGUAAUAGGAGUAGUGGGGUGCUUGGAUUUGGGGACUUUUGCUCCAUUUUUCCAGUUAAUUUCAAUGAUAUCAAUGUUAGAAGGAACGGUUAUUCAAAAAAAGUGACCAUUAUUGCUUCUGCUGCAAAGGGUAAUUCCAGAAAUUCUGUGAAUGGGAAUGUUAAUGGUGGUUUUAAAGGCGAAAAAAAUGAUGAUUUUGAUGAAUUUGAUGAUGAAGAUGAAGAUGAUGAUCUUUCUUGUUUCAGGGGCUUAGUUCUCGACAUUUCUUAUAGACCGGUCAAUGUUGUCUGCUGGAAGCGUGCUAUUUGUCUGGAGUUUGCGGAGAAGGCUGAUGUUCUGGAAUAUUACGAUCAAACAGUAAACUCAACUACUGGAUCUUUCAACAUACCAGCUGUAUUAAGGGUUCCACAUUUACUUCAGGUAAUGAAGAGAAAAAGAGUUAGAAACGUCCUAAGCCGCAAAACUAUCUUCUAUCGAGAUGAUUAUAUGUGUCAGUACUGUAAAACGACAAAUAGCUUGACCAUAGACCACGUGGUUCCAAUUUCACGUGGUGGAAAAUGGGAGUGGGAGAAUCUGGUGACAGCUUGUACUAAAUGCAAUUCAAAGAAGGGUCACAAAACUUUGGAAGAAGCAAACAUGAGUCUUGUUAAAGUCCCAAAGGUAUAUCGUGUUCUUCUGCAUGGCUGGCACCAAAAGAUUACGACAUACUUGCUAUACCUCUGACCAGUGCAGCUGUACGGAUGCUGAAAAUCAAGAAAGGAACACCUCAGGAGUGGCAUCAAUACCUGCCGAAAUGAAGGAUUCAAUUAGUUAGUGACAUUGCCUGAACAUGUACUGUGAUUGUAUAUAACCAUCGGUAUCCCAGUUACUGGUCAAAGUGUCUUUAAAGUUACAGGGUAAUUGAUCAUGUAUAUGUGGCCAUUUGAAGAGAUUGUUUACUUUGUAAAUGGUAAUUUAGGAAACGAUCUCUUCAGCCUUUCUUGGCGGACCCAACUAAUUAAUUAUAUCUCUCUAAUAUAAGCAUUAAGCAAGAAGCUUACUGCUUCAAUUUAGCUGAA